GCAUGCGCACUCAAUCCGUGAACCACACGCGGCUCAAUCACGACGUUUAUUCGGCGUUCACUAUGCAUCAUGUCAACACUCUGUGUGUAGGGACGUCCAAACACAGUCGACCGUACUGUAAAUACAGUAUCUGCACCAUCCACUCUGCCAUACCGGAUCGGUUCUGUUCUCCUCCCAAAUAACAUGGGUUAAGAUGUCUGGAUAAUUUAUCUCAACUCUUCGCAAGGAUGGGGACUCGGACAAUCCGUUUUGGCAGGCGCAUUUUGACAAAGGCGAGAAGGGAAACCAGAAAACGGCAUUAAUUUCACUCUCAUCCUUUCAUUUCCUUUCUUUUUUCUUUUUUUUUGAGAGAUGAUCGCAGAGUUGGUGUGCAGCGUCGUAGCACUGGUCCUGUAUGUCAACACACUGGACGCGGAUUUCUGCUACGAUGACAGCCGUGCCAUUAAAACCAACCAGGACCUUCUCCCUGAAACGCCUUGGAUCAACAUCUUCUACGAUGACUUCUGGGGGACGCUCCUCACCCACAGCGGCAGCCACAAGUCCUACCGCCCGAUCUGCACCCUCUCCUUUCGUCUCAACCACGCCCUGGGCGGCUUGGACCCUUGGGGCUACCACCUGAUCAAUGUGGUUCUCCACUGCGCUGUGACGGCCCUGUUUUCCAGUUUUUCAGGCCUGCUGCUGGGGUCUGGUUGGUGGAGCCUGCUGGCCGGGCUUCUCUUCGCAGCUCACCCCAUUCACACGGAGGCGGUGGCGGGAGUCGUGGGUCGAGCCGACGUGGGUGCCGCCCUCUUUUUCCUUUUGGCCUUGCGAUGUUACAUACGGCACUGCGCCCUGAGAUCCAGCGGGGACUCCAGACAGAGCUGGUCGUGGUUUUUGGGCACCCUAGCAUGUGCUUCCUGUAGCAUGCUGUGGAAAGAGCAGGGCGUGACGGUGCUGGCUGUGGCAGCCAUGUACGACGUGUUUAUCUUCCAUAAGCUGAAGCUGAUGCAGGUUCCUGCACUAUUCUAUAAGAAGAAAAGUCUGCACCUGCUCCUGAGCGUGUUUCUGCUCGGCUUCUGGGGAAUCGUCCUUCUGGCUUCCCGCUUCUACUGGAUGGGCAACAAACCUCCAAACUUCUCCAACUCGGACAACCCUGCAGCCGACUGUCCGUGUUUUUUAACAAGGAUGCUGACGUUCUUUUACCUACCUGCCAUUAACGUUUGGCUCCUCAUGUGCCCUGACAUGUUGAGUUUUGAUUGGUCAAUGGAUGCACUGCCGCUUCUACGGAGCGUUGCCGAUUGGAGAAACAUCCACACUGUCGCCUUCUACGUCUCGCUUUUGGCACUGGCGUGGUUCGGACUUCGUAGUAACCCUGGCAAAAGCAAGGAGACCAAUGGGAAAGCCCAUCACGUAGCAAACGGGAAGUCCACCAAUGGACACACGUGUAGCCCUGAACAUGAACACUCUGAGUUUUACUCGAACUCUGUGCAUAUGAAUGGAAGUAAUGGUACGGUUAAACACUAUGUGUCAUCCUUACCAACUACUGAGAGUUUGGUGGUGUUUUCAUUGGGACUGUUGGCAAUUCCCUUUCUCCCGGCCACCAACUUGUUCUUCUACGUGGGCUUUGUGGUAGCCGAACGUGUACUUUACAUCCCUAGUAUGGGCUUUUGCCUGUUGAUAGCAGUAGGGAUGAGAUGUUUAUAUGUCAGACUUCGAAGAAAAUUCUCCAGGAAUUUACUGCUGGGCUGCUGUGCAGCACUGGUCCUUGUCUUUGGGAUUAAAACGGUACUGAGGAACCGCGAUUGGCGGAAUGAGGAGAUGUUGUACAAGUCUGGGAUAUCUGUGAACCCUGCUAAAGCCUGGGGUAACCUCGGAAAUGUCCUUAAGAACCAAGGAAAGGUGGCGGACGCUGAGCAGGCGUACAGGAAUGCUUUGUACUACCGCAGAAAUAUGGCCGACAUGCUGUAUAACCUAGGUCUCUUGCUACAGGAAAACAACCGGUUCUCAGAGGCUCUCCAUUAUUAUAAGCUGGCCAUUGGGAGCAGACCAACUCUGGCUUCCGCCUACUUGAACACAGGGAUAAUCCAGAUGAAUCAGGGCCAUCAAGAGGAGGCGAAGCGGACCUUCCUCACCUGCGCUGAUAUCCCGGAUGAGAACCUGAAGGACCCUCAUGCACACAAGAGCUCCGUCACCAGCUGUCUCUAUAACAUGGGAAAGCUUUUGCAUGAGCAGGGUCACCAAGAGGAGGCCAUAUCUGCAUAUAGAGAAGCGAUACAGAAGAUGCCCAAACAGUUUGCUCCACAAAGUCUUUACAAUAUGAUGGGAGAGGCGUACAUGAGACUCAACAAACUCACGGAGGCCGAGCAUUGGUAUAAGGAAUCCCUCCGAGCCAAACCAGACCAUAUACCUGCACACCUCACAUACGGCAAGCUGCUAGCCAUGACGGGUCGCAAAACUGAAGCGGAGAAAUACUUUCUCAAGGCGAUCGAGCUUGAUCCCACUAAAGGAAACUGCUAUAUGCAUUAUGGUCAGUUUUUGCUGGAAGAGUCUCGGCUUUUGGAGGCUGCUGAAGUGGCGGAAAAGGCCGCGCGUUUGGACAGUGAAGAAUUUGAUGUGGUUUUCAGCGCAGCUCAUAUGCUCAGGCAAGCCAGUCUCAAUGAUGCAGCUGAGAAGUUCUACGGACAAGCAGCCAACCUAAGACCCAAUUAUCCUGCAGCUCUGAUGAACCUCGGUGCCAUUCUUCAUCUCAACGGUAAACUCCAAGAAGCAGAGGCCAAUUAUCUACGAGCCCUGCAGUUGAAGCCAGACGACAGCAUCACUCAGUCCAACCUAAGGAAACUGUGGAAUAUCAUGGAAAAGCAGGGCUUGAGGACCAUGGCUCCUUGACUUGGACAGCUUUGACUAUUGAGCACCUUCACUGAGGUCCAUUGGAGAUGCUGAGCUCUCACUGGUGAGGUAGUACAGGAUAAGGAACACCUCAAAACCUAGUUCACCUCAUUUGAUGUUUAACAUUAUCAUAUCAGCUACGACUGGUAAAACUGAGAACCUCCGGAACGCCUGAGGUCUGGAAUAUCUGCUCUGCGAAGUCCUCAACUGAGACUUGAACUUGAAGUGACCCGCAGAUGCAUACUUGAAGUGUCACGAUAGAUUAGAUUUUAAUUAGCUAGUUGAUGUUUAAUGGUCUUAAAGGGCAAUAUUUGACCUGAGGCUGUAUAAAUUAAGAAGGAAUGCGAGUUCCUCUGCUCUGCAUGUACAGAACAUUCCACGGUAACAGGUUCCUUGAUCCAUAUGAUUGGAAUCAUUAAUAUUUAAUGAGUUCAUUGGGGCUCACAGACAAAUAAUUUCCGUUUAAUUUAAGCACAGGGCUGGCACGUGAUUCAUGAUAUUGAAAGUAGAUAAAUGGCCACUGAACAAAAGUUAUACCUUUUAUGCUUCAAAAAGCAAUGUCAAAUUAUUGAUUCGGUUUAACGUUUGUAUUCCCACUGAAUAUAAUCAGCACAGAUGUUAUGUGAAGUCUUGGUUCAAGAUGGAUUUAUAACAAAAUGGAGUUUGAAAAUGAAUUAAACCUACUGUAUUUUUACACACUCCAUCAAUGUCACAUGCAUGCAGAAAUGUCACAACCACAACAUUUAAUAAAUGGGAUCGUGAAAUUUAAUCCAUUUUAAAGUAUCUUGCCAAAAACUACAUGAAUUCUGAAGGGAAUUUUCCAUAAGGACGUUUAUGUGACUCUGUAGCUCUUUGCCUUAAAAAACUGUGAUGUAUGUUGCAUUACAUUAUAUUACAUUUAUGCAUUUAUAAGAUGGCGCUUUUAUCCAAAGCGACUUAUAGUGCAUUUAAGGUUUGUACGUCCCUGAGAAUCAAACCCAUGACCUUCGCUGUGCUCUACCAAUUGAGCCACAUGAACAUUAUGAUGUAGCAGAAAAAAAUCACAUGACUUGUUUUCUCUUAUUGCUUUACUAACAUUAAAGGUGAAGGAUUACAAAUGUUUAUUUUCUACAAAACAUUCAUUACAGAUUGGUUUUAUUUGGUACAAAUCAAGGACCAUGUCUAUAAUUCAAAUGGUAAAGUCUCCAUCAGUGCUUUAGUUCAGCAGAGCGGUGGUGGAAAAAUACAAAGCCUUGACUGAUAACCAAAUACAAAUCCCUUCACUGGUUGCACUCGUCUAACAAUAUACAGCCAUAUUUUAUAAGGGGUUGUUUAUAUGUAAUAUUGGUUUUUAAUUUGUUUCAUGUCUAAAUGUGUAUAAAUGGAACCUAAUAUAUAAAAUGACACAUUACACGUGUAUAUUGUCGCUCCAAUGUGAAAAUGAAAAGCCAGAAUCACAAUAUGCGAAAUCAUUUUCAAUUUUAAGAUCACCUGUUUCAUUGUCUGUUCUCAUCCCUUUGUGUACAUAUUAAGAAUAAUUACAUUUGAGCUCUUAUUUGGUGGAUUUCUCGGAGAAAUGGGCGUGAGAUUGUUAUGAGGGGUGUUUAAUGUGAUGUCAGCUUCCUGUUAUGUUAAAGGUCUAGCAAGUGCAGCCAAGUCAGUAUUAACUUAUUACCUUUGUGUUAAAAACAGCUGGCACUGUGUUAUGUCAAGUGUACAAAAGAUUUGCACAGAUAUUCCCUUAUUAAGAAAGUUUUUAAUAAACAAAUGAAUCCAGUGAAUCAUUGUGUAACGGGAACAUUUUAGUGGGAACAUUUGGAAUAAACCGGAAAUUUGUCAUGCAUUUGUGUCUCGAAGAAUUCGCUUCAUGUUUUUUGUUGUUGUGGUUUCCCCCACAGUUUUGAAUACAAUGCAAUCAAUACUCAUUUUUAUUUAAAGACUAUUACUGAUAUUACUAACAUUAGUCAGUCUUAAAAAGCUCAAAACAUCUAAAACAACACUGUACAUAAUAAUAAAGUUUAUAGGAAGCAGAGAAAUAUUUCACCGAAAAAACUGACUUGCUUUCUUCUGUGAGAAGGAUGUAAAAUAAAAUAAAAUAAGUUGAAGAAUCUUUAGCUUCUCUUUUAUUUAGAGAUGCACCGAUAUUAAAUUUUUCCACCGAUAGCCGAUUAUUCAGACUGAUAUCUGCUGAUACAGAUAGUUUGGUGGUUAUAUUAACUUGCGUUAAAUAAAUUCUAAAGUUUAAAACUUCUGAAUGUUAUUCAUAUCGACCAUUAAUAUUGUAAAAUAAACUGGUGAUGUUUUUUUAUUUUUUAUACCAAGAGCUCAAAUUCGUUGCAUUUUCCUUUUUUUUUUGAUUGACAGGAUAUAUCUGCCAUGAUUAACGGCUUUAUUAUGUUGCGUUCACACCAAACGUGAAUGAUUUCAAUGUUAAGUCAUUGUAAAGACUUGUUUACGCGCAUCUAGAUGUCUCGCGGCACGAAUGAGGCGUUUAGCGCGGCGCGGUAGACGUGAAUCCACCACGCGCGAAUUAAGCAUUGCCGCAAGAAACGUGCGAGUUGAAAAUUCUGAACUUUGGCGGAAAAUCGCGCCGUGUUCACCAAUAAGGAGCUUGCUCUAGUUGUGACGUAAUUAUAGGAAGCGAGCGGAGUCGCAGAAGCCCCUCCCAUGACGCGGAUUUCCGCGUGAAUGUCUCGAAUGACUAGAAUUUCAUGUGAAUGAAGCAAGUAAACGCAAAAUGUACAAGCGUCCAACUCUGUGCGAAUAGCGCGUUUUUACCGCCUCUACCACGUUUUGGUGUGAAUCCAGCCUUAGUUUUGAAACUAUCAGCCAAUAGUGUGGAAAAACUGCUUUUAUUGACCGAUACGGGUUAUUGGGCGAUAUAUAUCAGUGCAUCUCUACUUUUAUACAAUGGAAACAUGCAUUUUGGAAUAUGUGACCUAGUCUGUAAAAGCCUAUCUAAAGUAUUUUUGUGUUUUCCCCAUAAAGUCAUCCGAAAUAUUGUAAAGAACAUUUUGUAAAAAAAUAUAACCUUGAUAUCUUUACUAUUAAGUUAGUAAAGUCAUGUCAAAGAUUAAAAUCAAUGUGAAGUCAGUGAGUAUAACCAAACUUUGAUGCUCCUAAUCUCAUUAUUAGAUUGAGACUUUAAGCCUGCAUUUUACAGAAGCGGUCACACAUAGUAAUGCGUAACUUUUAUGGUGCUGAUGUUUUUGUCCCUUUAAAAGCUUGAAUGCCACUUGCCACAGCUUUCUUUUCAAAAGAGAAGCUCGAGAUUUUUCAAAACAAUCUGUUUAGUGUUUAAUAAAAAGAAACAGCAUUGGUGUAUUUUUAAUUUUUAGAUCAACUGCCUUUAAAUGAAUAGCCUACUAUUUUUGCAUUGAAAAUAUGAUUGGAAUUAUAAACCUUCAUGCCAUCAAAGCAUUUGCAUUCUUAAUAGUUAAAACAUUCGUAGUGUACAUCAUUUGUACGUUUGUUUAGUCCUUAUGUGAUCAUGUUGGUGGUACAGUAUCUCCUCGGGAGUGUAAAUGAUGUAAGUAGUGGCUGCAUGGAUACAGUUCUGCUGCAUCUUUUGCAUUGUACAGAUGAAAAUACAGUCGAGACUCCCAUAGCUGUAGGAAUAAGUGCGUCAUGUCUUUCCUCAGGGAUUUAAUAAAGUGGUGAGAUUGUGCUCUCAGAGCAGAGAAAGAGUUUACUUAAUAAAAGGAAAAAAGUUUUAUUUUUUGGAACACUGUUGCAUUUGUAUAAAUUAUGAAGAUUUGUAGCCUUUCAUCUGUUUUUGUAUGAAGAAGUAUGUGCCAGAUCAAACUUUUCCCGAUGUCACGUUUUUCCAUAAUAAAGUUUCUCUGUUCUGCUCUCUU